AAUCAGCACGGUGAUUGGUCGGAUCUCAUGACACACGUGUGGAAAAGCACGCGCAUUGUUAUCGUGAUAAUGAACGUGAUAAAGACCUCGUAAGUCUUUCGAACAUGAAUCUAAUAAACUGUGCUUUUUUGUCGGACCUGAAUGUCAUACACAGCUUUUUUCUUUGUCACCGGAUGACGGUAAAGGUUUGUGUUCUAAGCGCUGUGACGUUGUUUUCAAAGACACCUGGUUACCAUGGUAACGUGGUAACUAAACAGGAAAUUAAUGGCGGCACGCAACAAAGUUACUACUGUGGCCUUCGGGAGCUGCCAGGAUAGAAAAAUAUUUCCAGUACACAGGACACCAAAUCGCAUGGGAAUUGAAGAUCUCACACUGGAGAGUUUACCAACACCUGGCCCUGGCAGCUAUGAUAACCAUGUGACUGUCACUCCAUCACCCCAGGAAUACCAGCAGGACUGGAGCGGGUCAGAAAAAUGUGCUCCUGGAAGAACAGCGUUCAACUCCACUGCACAGAGGUUUACGUCCAAGUCUACUACAAUCAGCUCCAACCCUGGACCAGGUACCUACUCGCCUGGUGGGCCAUGCAAUCGGAAGGUAUCAUGGCCAAUGAAAUUUGGCUCACCAGACUGGUCCAGUGUGCCCAUGCAGAAGAAAAAGGGACUUCGCACAGAGCUUCCAUGUGACAAGGAGCUCCGGAAACAUCGCAACAGAGUAGCUUAUUUACGAUUGUACUAUUCAUGAGAUUCCUGGAGCAAUAUAAUGUGUAAAUCUGACUAAGAAUCCAAGCACACUGCUGAAUUAAAUCAAAUACAGAGACGUUUUGUUGCGCGACC